CCGCGGUUGGACGCGGCGCUCGGUUGCCGGGCGGGGGAGGGCUUGUCCGGUUUCUCUCAGGGGACGUUCAAAUUAUUUUUGUAACGGGAGUCGGGAGAGGACGGGGCGUGCCCCGAAGUGCGCGCGUCCUCCUUCCCCGGCUCUUCGCCACCACUCACUGGCUCCUACCCUGGGGGGGGAGUCAUGCCGCCCAAAACCCCCCGGAGAGCAGCAGCCGCAGCCGCCGCUGCCGCCGCCGCCGCCGAACCCCCGGCGCCGCCGCCGCCCCCUCCUGAAGAGGACCCCGAGCAGGACAGCGGCCCCGAGGACUUGCCUCUGCCCAGGCUUGUAUUUGAAGAAACUGAAGAACCUGAUUUUAUUGCAUUAUGUCAGAAAUUAAAGAUACCAGAUCAUGUCAGAGAAAGAGCUUGGUUUACUUGGGAAAAAGUUUCAUCUGUGGAUGGAGUGUUGGAAGGUUAUAGUCAAAGGAAAAAGGAACUAUGGGGAAUCUGUAUCUUUAUUGCAGCAGUUGACCUAGAUGAGAUGCCAUUCACCUUUACUGAGCUACAGAAAAACAUAGAAACCAGUGUCUACAAAUUCUUUGAUUUACUAAAAGAAGUUGAUACGAGUACCAAAGUUGAUAAUGCUAUGUCAAGACUGUUGAAGAAGUAUAAGGUAUUGUGUGCACUCUACAGCAAAUUGGAAAGGACAUGUGAACAUAUAUAUUUGACACAACCUGGCAGUUUGCUAUCUACUGAAAUAAACUCUCUGUUGGUGCUAAAAGCUUCUUGGAUCACAUUUUUACUAGCUAAAGGGGAAGUGUUACAAAUGGAAGAUGAUCUUGUCAUCUCAUUUCAGUUAAUGCUCUGUGUCCUUGAUUAUUUUAUUAAACUCUCACCUCCUGCGUUGCUUAAAGAACCAUAUAAAACAGCUGUAAUACCUUUUAAUGGUUCACCUCGAACACCAAGGCGAGGUCAGAACAGGAGUGCACGGAUAGCAAAACAACUAGAAAAUGAUACAAGAAUUAUUGAAGUUCUCUGUAAAGAACAUGAAUGUAAUAUAGAUGAGGUGAAAAAUGUUUAUUUCAAAAAUUUCAUACCUUUUAUGAAUUCUCUUGGAAUUGUAGCUUCUAAUGGACUUCCAGAGGUGGAAAGUCUCUCUAAACAAUAUGAAGAAAUUUACCUUAAAAACAAAGAUCUUGAUGCAAGAUUAUUUCUGGAUCAUGAUAAAACUCUUCAGGCUGAUCCUAUAGACAGUUUUGAAAUGCAGAGAACACCACGAAAAAGUAACUCUGAUGAAGAGGUGAAUACGAUGCUUCCGCAGACUCCAGUUAGGACCGUUAUGAAUACUAUUCAACAGUUAAUGAUGAUCUUAAAUUCAGCAAGUGAUCAACCAUCAGAAAAUCUGAUUUCCUAUUUUAAUAACUGCACAGUGAAUCCAAAGGAAAGUAUUCUGAAAAGAGUGAAGGAUAUUGGAUGCAUCUUUAAAGAGAAAUUUGCUAAAGCUGUGGGACAGGGAUGUAUGGAAAUUGGAUCACAGAGAUACAAACUUGGAGUCCGAUUAUAUUACCGAGUAAUGGAAUCUAUGCUUAAAUCAGAAGAAGAACGAUUAUCCAUUCAAAAUUUUAGUAAACUCCUGAAUGACAACAUCUUUCAUAUGUCUUUGUUGGCAUGCGCUCUUGAGGUUGUAAUGGCUACAUAUAGCAGAAGUACAUCUCAGAAUCUUGAUACUGGAACAGAUUUGUCCUUCCCAUGGAUUCUGAAUGUACUUAAUUUAAAAGCCUUUGAUUUUUACAAAGUGAUUGAAAGUUUUAUCAAAGCAGAAGCCAACUUGACCAGAGAAAUGAUAAAACAUUUAGAGCGAUGUGAACAUCGAAUCAUGGAAUCCCUUGCAUGGCUCUCUGAUUCACCUUUAUUUGAUCUUAUUAAACAAGCAAAGGACCGAGAAGGACCAGCUGAUCACCUUGAAUCUGCUUGUACUCUCAGCCUUCCUCUCCAGAGUAAUCACACUGCAGCAGAUAUGUAUCUUUCUCCAAUCAGAUCCCCAAAGAAAAAAGGAACUACACGUGUAAAUUCUACUGCAAACACAGAGGCACAAGCAACCUCAGCCUUCCAGACUCAGAAGCCAUUGAAAUCUACCUCCCUUUCACUUUUUUACAAAAAAGUGUACCGACUGGCCUAUCUUCGACUAAAUACCCUGUGUGCACGCCUUCUGUCUGACCACCCCGAACUGGAACACAUCAUCUGGACCCUUUUUCAGCACACACUGCAAAAUGAGUAUGAACUCAUGAGAGACAGGCAUUUGGAUCAGAUUAUGAUGUGUUCCAUGUAUGGCAUUUGCAAAGUGAAGAAUAUAGACCUUAAAUUCAAAAUCAUUGUAACAGCAUACAAGGAUCUUCCUCAUGCUGUUCAGGAGACAUUCAAACGAGUUUUGAUCAGAGAAGAGGAGUAUGAUUCCAUUAUAGUAUUCUAUAACUCAGUCUUCAUGCAGAGACUUAAAACAAAUAUUUUGCAGUAUGCUUCUACCAGGCCCCCAACUUUGUCACCAAUACCUCACAUUCCUCGAAGUCCUUACAAGUUUUCUAGUUCACCUUUACGAAUUCCUGGGGGAAACAUCUAUAUAUCACCCCUGAAGAAUCCAUAUAAAAUUUCAGAAGGUGUGCCAACACCAACAAAAAUGACUCCAAGAUCGAGAAUCUUAGUAUCAAUUGGUGAAUCAUUUGGGACUUCUGAGAAGUUCCAGAAAAUAAAUCAGAUGGUGUGUAACAGUGACCGUGUGCUCAAAAGAAGUGCUGAAGGAGGCAACCCUCCUAAACCGCUGAAAAAACUACGCUUUGAUAUUGAAGGAUCAGAUGAAGCAGACGGAAGUAAACAUCUCCCAGGGGAAUCCAAAUUUCAACAGAAACUGGCAGAAAUGAUUUUCCCAGCCCAUCUGUUGUAAUAAUAGCAUGGGGAAGGCUAAUAAGACCAAAAAACAGACAAGACUAUAUAGUUUUUGUUGUUUGCUUUUCAUUAUCACUGGUCAGGAAUCCUGCCUCUAAAUAAAAAUCAACAAGUCUGGUCCAUAAUGACUGGCAAUUUUUCAGGUCUCAGCUGAAAAAUGACUCAGGUCAGUACAUUAACCUUUACUUUUAAAAAGCUUUAAAUGAUAUCUUCACAAACCUCUGUUCGCAAAUGACCAUAUUCUUGUAAAAUCUUAACCUUUCUCUGUGUAAGGUGUAUUGGAAUUAUGCUGGAAGCACUAACUCACUGAACUUCUUGUGUGAGCAGAGAGGAAACAGAACAUAGGGAAAGAAAAUCUAAGAUUAACUUCUGUAAAAUGAAGGAUCCAUUAAUUUAUGAUGUAGUGUCGUUAUAGAAAAUGUCCCUUUCCCCUCACAUAUCCCUAACUGAACAGCAAGGUUUCUGGGGCUCUACACUCAUCUGUUAGAAAUAAAGGAAAGAAAGUGUUAUCCUCUGUAUAGGAGUGUUGAUGGCAAGCCUAUCCUCCAGGAUGAGAGAGAAAGCUCUGUUUUUUUCAGAGAUGUAUCCAUGGGACUCAUCCGUCAUCUCUCAAACUGGUCUAUGAGCCCCUUCUUGUUUGGAAUCCCAGAUUUUAAGGGUUAAACGGUGAUUCUCAUACUUGGCUCAAUAUCAGGAUUACUUGGGAAACUUCAAAUAUACUGAAUUAGAAUCUUUGGUAAAAGUUCCAUAGAUUGUUCUGUUGUACAAAGAGAUAAGAACUGAGAGAUAUAGCAGCACAAACCUACACAUAACAGAGCUUAGAAAAUCUGGGUAAAAAUCCAUGCAGCCCUUCUUAAUAACUUGUACCGUGGCAGCAUGGGCUACUGACCCAUUGUGGAGUUUGGUAAAAGGCAGGCCAUUUUUUCAUACCUCAGUAAACUCAUCUGUUCCCUUUGAGUGUUCCAGUUUUUACAUGAAAUGACUUCAUAUAAGAAAGAAGCUUAAGACCCUGUCAGAAAUAGGCAAGAAAGGAAGAGAAGGUUUCGGAAGACCUUGUGAAGAUGUAAAGGCAUUGGUCCGUUCCAGCUAGCAUUGGAAGGUGAGGAGGAGAAGUCAGCAAUGCAGGCUGCGGUUGUCUAAAUGCCUAAACUGACAGCUGUGGAUAAUAACCAGGUGUGAAUGUUUCUUUGAUAGAUAAAACAGCAAAUCUAACAAACAAUGAAAACAAAUGGUAUAUAUGGCUAACUUCAAAUAACAAAUAACUGAAUAAGACUAUAUAAUUCCCAAAACAGGAUUCUGAUUAAGAACUAGAGGUCAAGGCCACUUUGCCUCUACCAGAUAAGGUCUGCAAAAACAGAUAAGCCAAGAGAAACUAAGGAUUAAAAAGUGACCUCACCAAUAAAGAGUAGUCAGAGGCAAUAAUAUGAACAGUAAUUAUGUUGUUUAUAUGCCAUUUAUGUUUUAGGGUGGGCUUUGCUAUGAUAGGUUAUCUGAGUAACUACUUCCAAAAAUAAGCUUAAUCAAAUGGAUUUGUAUAAAUGUAAGAGAUAUAAAGUUGAUACAAUUUUGCUGCUUAUUAGGGAUUAAAAAAAACACAAUUGUUCUAUUAUCUACAAAUAAGCACUUUAUUAUCAAAUAGUUCAGCAUCAGAACAAGGUUUCUAAUUCCAAAAGAGUUUUCUUUACAUAAUAUCAUAUUGUGAAAUACAUACCAUAUUGUGAAACCCAUGUUAGAGGAAUCUGACACUACAGCCUACAUCCCGUUCCAGUUUUUCUUUUGCAGUUGGGUAACUUGUUUUGACCGAAAAAGUAUAAAUUUAUCUCAUUCUUCUUAAUGCUGUCCAUGAAAUGUAAGUAUGAGUUCCUUUUCAGCUAGUACUUUAUAAUUAUUCUGUGCCAGGUUAAGAGAACUGUUUUACAGUGACAUAAAACUCCACUACAAGAAAAACACAUAAUCAUUUUUACAUACACAGGCAAAUCUCUCAACACAAAAAGAAAAGA